AUGGCGUCGCGCGAGCCGCUCUCGCACGUGCUGCCGCCGCUCGUCCUGGGCACGGCCACGUUCAACACGCAGUAUCACCACGACCCGACGCACAUGCCCUACGCCGACAUUGUGCGGCGCGCCCUCGAGCACGACAUUGCCGCCUUUGACACGUCGCCCUACUACGGCCCGUCCGAGACGCUGCUGGGCGACGCCCUGGCCGCCCUGGACCCGCGCCCGCCGCGCGCCAGCUACUUCCUCAUCACAAAGGCCGGCCGCAUCGCCGCCGACGAGUUCGACUACUCGCCCGCCUGGAUGCGCUACAGCGUCUGCCGCAGCCUCGAGCGCCUCGGCACGCCCUACCUCGACCUCGUCUACGCCCACGACGUCGAGUUCGUCGCGCCCGCCGACGUCCUCGCCGCCGUCGCCGAGCUGCGCCGCCUGCGCGACGCGGGCCGCGUCCGCUACGUCGGCAUCAGCGGCUACCCGGUGGCCGUGCUGGCCGGCCUCGCCGAGCUGGUGCUCGAGACGACGGGCGAGCCGCUCGACGCCGUCAUGUCCUACGGCCACUUCUGCGUCCAGAACGGCCAGCUGGGCCGGCCCGACCUACUGGCCCGCUUCCGCGCCGCCGGCGUCGAGUGCGUCCUCAACGCCAGCAUGCUCGGCAUGGGCCUCCUGACCAGCCGCGGCGUCGACAACGGGCCCAUGGCCUCGUGGCACCCGGCCCCGCCCGCCCUGCGCAAGGCCUGCGCCGACCUGGCCGCCAUCGCCGCGCGCCACGGCGAGCGCCUCGAGGAGGUGGCCAUCCGAUGGGCCCUGGAAAACUGGGCCCGCGUCGGCGCGCCCCUCGGCACCCUCGCCUACCCGUCGCGCGCCGUCGCCCUGCCGGCGCGCAUCGGCGUCAGCGUCAUGGGCGUCGCCGCCGUCGAGGAGCUCGAGGAGACGUGGGCCUUGUGGAAGAGCGUCGUCGGCGGCGGCACCGCCGAGCCCGCCGCCGAGGAGCGCAGAGCCAAGAUUGCCGCAAUCGUGGCCGGCUCCAUGUGGCCCAGCCUGGGGCCGUGGAAGGACUUUGCGUGGGAGAGCCCCGGCGAGGCCUUUGCCAAUCGGCGAGAAGCCCCGGGCGCCGUGCCGGACGACAACGUGGCGGAGCGAUGGGGGCUGAUAGCCAAGACGAUGCUAGACAGCGCCAAAAUAUAA